AUGACUUCGAUAUGUUGCUGGGCGCAAGCUCCUGCGGGUACGAUGAUCUGGAUGAUCGCAAUUGUACUUCUGAACGGUCGUCUGGUUCAUCACCAGUAGAAAAGAUAAAGCUACAAGAACUCCCACCUGCGAUGCAUGUUGACCACACAGGAGAGGUUGUAGAAGUAGCUCCUCUCGAGGAGCCAGAGGCAGAAGAGGGGCUCACGGGGGCUUCGCCUGUGGAGGUCGUCGCACAGAAAACUACUACACAUCUACUUACCACUGGGGAUUGCGACUUCGAGAACAAAAUCAAGAUCGAAAAGUCUUCUCAAGGAACAAACUGCUCUUUACUUCUCACUACUUGCUGGAGGCAAGGAAAAGUUCUCUCGGUGCCGUCGUGAGACAAAUUAUCGGAUUGGAAAUUGAUCACUACAAAAGAAAUGGAUCACUCAUCUUCGAGGGGAGUAGUAGAGGG